AUGGAAAUUUAUCUCAGAUUUAAUGAUGAUUUCGAAAAUGAUUACGCUUUCCAAAUCUCAAAUGAAGAUACUAUAAACUCAAAGAUUAAGAAAAUCUUUUCGACUACACCAAAUAAGUCUGGUAUGAAAAACCUUUCAGAUAUAAUGGUUUUAAGACCUUCCAUUUUCCACGAAUGGCAACCUUACGAAUACUACAAAUCCUGUCAUCCAGGGUAUCUCACUGAAGGUGGUUGUCUGCUUUAUAGUUAUGAUGCUGCUGAACCACAAUAUUUGGAAAAAUUGGAUGAAGAAAAACCUUUAUUUGAUCAAUUGUGGCCAGGUCAAUUGAUCAUUCCAAAGUGGAAAUAUUCUGGUAAAUACGUCAAAAUCUUCGCUGUUAUUAUGUUGGCUUGGUUGUAUACCGAUUUACCAGACGUUAUUUCCCCAACUCCAGGUAUUUGUCUAACUAACAACAUUUCAAGAUUAGUUAUCCCAUUAUUAGACAAUUAUCUUGACCAACCUGAAUUGGCUGAUAAAUUGAGAGAAGAAAUCGCACCAAAUUUCUCAUCUGUACUUGCUCAAUGGGCUUUCUUCUUUUUACAUAUUUUGAAAAUUACAAUGUUAACUUUCUUAUUUAAGAUCGGUGUCGCUAAUCCAUUAACUUUUAACGCCUUAAAAAUUUACAAAUUAAGAAAUUUCGAAAUCUCUCACAGAAACGCUGGAAUCAAGGACGUAUUGAAGUCAAUUGGUUGGAUCGGUUCAAGAAAGGCAAGUUACGAUCAAUACCAAGCUAGUUUCUACAAUUAUACAAUUAAGAAACACGGAGGCAUCGUUCAAGCCUACAGAGCAGGUGUUAUCAAAUCUGCUGCCGCACCAGGUAUGCCAUUACACGCUGGCGAAGGUUUCCAAACUCCAUUAAAUGAAAGAUUCACUGGAAAAACUUUUGAAACUAUUGAAAGUGAAAAUCCAAAAUUCAUCUUAAGUGAAGAAUAUUAUGUUGAAGUGGAAAACAAUUUGAAAUCAAUCUUAGAAAAAUGUAACAAUGAUAUUGGUUUAAUGAAUGAAGAAAUCAAAAGAUUCAGAAGAUUCGGUAUCUUUGAACCAAAUGAAAAAAUGCAGCAUUUAGUUAAAUUAAGAAAAGAGGUAUACACCCAAGAAAAGGAACUCGAAGAAAAAGAGAAAGAGUCCAAAGAAGCAAAGAAACAAAAAUAA